CCUCUUUGUCCGCCGUGCCUGUGCUGGUGUGGGAACCAACCAGCGGACCCAAAAUCACCCCAGCGCGAGCCAGCUAGAGGAGAGCUGAGCAGAGGGUAAUGGCUCGCAGUCUCUGUUCUUCCCCGUCUUCUCUCUCGCAUGACCACCAUCUCUUCUGCAACCCUAUCUCUCCUCCAUGGCCACCCAAGCGCACCCCUUUUCGUUCCCCCUUCCCUCUUAAACACUUCCCUUGCCCGCUGUCUCUUCACUCACCCACCUGUCUCCAAUUCUUGCGUGUUUCCAUUCAGGACCCAAUUUCUUCAGAGACCCAGAAACCCAGUUCGUCCCAAGUCCCUAAUUCUGAGUUCCCAGACGAAAAUACCACUUCAUCUAAAAGCUACAUAUGGGUCAAUCCCAAAAGCCCCAGAGCUUCGCGGCUUCGCCGGCAGUCUUACGAUGCUAGGUACGCUUUUCUUGUUGGGAUGUCGGAAUCUUUAAAUUCAUGUAACCCGACUGAGGAGGAUGUUUUUGGUAUAUUGUUCGGCUUGGGUGACAAGAUUGUGGAGCAAGACGCUGUCAUUGUUCUCAAUAACAUGUCCAACCCUGAAACGGCACCUAUAGCGCUCAAGUAUUUUCAGCAGAAACUGAAAUUGAGUAAAGAAGUCAUUCUUUAUAAUGUCACGUUGAAGGUGUUUAGGAAGUGUAAAGAUUUGGAUAGAGCACAGAAGCUGUUCGACGAAAUGCUGCAGAGAGGGGUCAAACCGGACAAUGUUACAUUUUCAACUAUAAUUAGCUGCGCUAGGUUGUCUUCUUUGCCAGAGAAGGCUGUCGAGUGGUAUGAGAAGAUGCCUUCCUAUGGCUGUGAACCUGAUGAUGUUAAUAGUGCAGUGAUGAUUGAUGCCUAUGGCCGGGCUGGUAAUAUCGAUAUGGCUUUGAGCUUGUAUGACCGCGCCAGAGCAGAAAGGUGGCGCAUCGAUGCUUUAACAUUCUCAACUUUGAUUAAGAUAUAUGGAAUGUCUGGUAAUUUUGAUGGGUGCUUGAAUGUAUAUGAGGAGAUGAAAGCAUUAGGCAUUAAACCAAACUUGGUUGUAUACAAUACAUUGCUGGAUGCCAUGGGAAGAGCCAAGAGACCUUGGCAAGCCAAGUCUGUUUACAAGGAGAUGAUAAACAAUGGGUUUACACCCAAUUGGGCAACCUAUGCUGCACUACUUCGGGCCUUUGGCAGAGCCCGUUAUGGAGAAGACGGCCUCAAUGUGUACAGAGAGAUGAAGGGAAAGGGGAUGGAGUUGAACGUUACCCUCUAUAAUACCCUUUUAGCCAUGUGUGCUGAUGUGGGGUACAUUGAUGAAGCUGUAGAAAUUUUUGAGGAUAUGAAGAAAUCUGAGACUUGCAAACCCGAUAGUUGGACGUACUCUUCAUUGAUUACCAUAUAUUCUUGUAGUGGGAAAGUCUCAGAAGCGGAGGCCACAUUGAACGAGAUGAUUGGAGCGGGUUUUGAGCCUAAUAUUUUUGUCCUGACGUCACUCAUUCAGUGCUACGGAAAAGCCAACCAAACGGACGAUGUUAUUAGGACAUUUAACCGGCUUUCGAACCUUGGCAUAACUCCUGAUGAUCGCUUCUGCUGUUGUCUUCUUAAUGUGAUGACUCAGACACCAAACGAAGACCUUGGUAAGCUGGCUAUCUGCAUUGGAAAGGCUAACUCAAAGCUCGGUUAUGUGGUGAAGCUCAUUGUGGAGGGGGAAAAUAUAGAUGGGGAGAUCUUCAAAAGGGAAGCUCACGAACUCUUUAACACAAUUAGUACUGAUGUUAAAAAAGCUUUCUGCAAUUGCUUAAUUGAUCUGUGUGUUAAUCUCAACAUGUUGGAACGAGCUUGUGAAUUGUUAGACCUGGGGCUGACUCUUGAGAUAUACACAGAUAUACAAUCAAAGUCUCCAACGCAGUGGUCAUUACACUUGAAGAGUCUCUCUCUUGGGGCUGCCCUGACUGCAUUACAUGUUUGGAUGAAUGACUUGUCCAAGGCGCUGGAGAACGGUGAGGAACUUCCUUGUCUGCUUGGAAUAAAUACUGGUCAUGGGAAACACAAAUAUUCGGACAAGGGCUUGGCAGUAGUGUUUGAGUCACAUCUGAAGGAACUAGAUGCUCCAUUCCAUGAGGAUCCUGACAAGGUUGGCUGGUUUCUGACUACUAAGGUUGCAGCUGAAUCGUGGUUGGAGUCUAGACGCUCCAGCGAGGUUGUCGCUGCUUAGUUGCCACAUCCUUAUUAAGGGUUUCAUCUUUCAAAAGUAGCUGUCGAUUUUGACAUGAGAUCUCUAGAAAUGGUACAAGAUGCUCCGGAAUUUUCCUUUCAUAUAUGUUUGCACUUGUCUCUAGCUCUUGUGAUACAGAAAUUAUUUGUACUAACAUAUGUGAAAAAGGUCAUCUAACUUGGCCAAUUGUUGUGAAA